AUGGCAUCUGCAGACACGGUCCAGCAAGCCUUGGACAAGUUGGCCGAGACGUUUCAAAAUGAGGACAAAGCUGCCGACCUUGCGAAGCUGACGCGCCACGCGGUUUCUCUGCUCAAAAAUGCAGAUACACGAGCCAGCGGAGUCGAAGCAGUUAUCCAGCUGCAGGAUCAGCUGCACAUUGCACGCCGACUGGGGAAUUACGUUCAGGAGGCGAACUUGGUGGAAGCAAUUGCCGGACGAAUGCGAACGGAUGACGCAUACGGCUUGGAGUCUUCGGUGCCGAUGGUGCAGGCCGAGCAGUCUGAUGAGAUGAAAGCCCUCAUCAAGCAGAUGCAGACACUGGAUUGCAUUGCUUGCUCCAUCUUAUCAGAGGUCGACGGCCGUGGGCGCUCGCCUGUUUCGUCAACGCCUCAGGCGGUGCAAAGCUUGCAAGCCGUGCAGCAUGGUGCGGGCCGACGUCGUGCAUGUGCUGGAGGCGCCGGUGGCGCUGCAGGGGCGCGCAUCCUGAGCGCCCGUCCCGCGGCACGCCGGGGCCUGCCAUGCAUCAUGAGCAUCAGAUGCCGGCUUGCUCCGUAUCUCCGGGCUACUGCGCCAGGGAAGCCGAGCUACGUCCAGGGGCCAGAGCGGGCCAGAUGCCCCAAUACCAACCUGGAAGAGCGCAAGACGCGGCAAAACGAGAAAACGAAGCUCUGA